AUGAUGGCGGCGUGGUUCAAGGGCCCCGAGGAAGACCCCGGCAGCGAGGAAGAGGAGGAAGGCCUUUGGGAGUACGACUCCACCUGGGAAGACGACGGGGAGGAGGAAGAGGAUGGGAGAGGGGAAGGGUACCUGGAGGAGGGGGAGAAGCAGAAGAGGAAGGAGUCGGAGGCUGCUGCCGCUGCUGUAGACACCCAGGAGCCCGAAAAGACGGAGAAGCCCCGGCGUCCUCGAAGGGGGCAAUCGCCCUCCGCCAAGCAGGAGCGGCGACGGCCAAAUCGUUCUGCAAUGAGCUUUGGAAGGUACAAGAGUGCAAGCAGACGUAACUGGAUGGCUGCUAAAGAUAUGCAGAGGUACAGACAUCACUACCCGGAUCUGGAAGAAACGGACACUGAAACCAGAGAGGACGAAAUGUGGAAUCUGAGCUUUUACAAGAAUGAGAUCUCUUUUGUGCCCCGUGGCCUCCAUAUAGAAGACCUCCUUGAGACGUGGCAGCACGAUUAUGCAGUUAUGGAAGAGAACCAUUCCUACAUUCAGUGGCUGUUUCCUUUACGAGAACAGGGGAUGAACUGGCGCGCAAAGCUUCUCACGUGUAAUGAGAUCCAGGCCUUCAGGAGAUGCAAAGAAGUCAUGGACAGGUUCGUCCGAGCUUAUAAGCUCAUGCUGGGGUUUUAUGGAAUAGAGCUGAUAAAUGAAGAAACAGGCGAGUUGAGAAGAGCAGACAACUAUCUCGAACGGUUCUGGAACCUCAACCAGUAUACUCAUAACAAUCUGCGCAUCACUCGGAUCUUGAAAUGCUUGGGAGAGAUGGGGAAAGAACAUUAUCAGGUACACCUUGUGAAGUUCUUCCUGACGGAGACGCUGGUUCAUCGGGAACUCCAGCGUGUUAUGAGAAGCGCUUUGGACUACUUCAUGUUCACCGUCCGAAACAAGCAGAAGCGGCGGGAGCUGGUUCAUUUUGCCUGGCAGCACUAUGAGCCAAAGUACGAAUUUGUCUGGGGGCCCCGCAGGAAACUUCUGGAAUUCAAGUCUCGAUCCCCCGAGCUUCUGAACAACCUGACCCCAAAGGGAGAGGAAGAGCCUGCUAAAGAUGGAGAAGGUGUGGAACGGGAUAAAUCCCAGUCGCCAAAUGAGAUAGACGUGGUUGGGAAUGCUGCAGAUAGAACAAAUCAUAAUGUGAAGGAGCAGCCUGAUUCAGACGGGUACGCUGCGGAACCACAGUCAAGGCCUUUGAGUGAACAUAAAGGUUCAGAAAAGACAGAGGAACUUAGUCCUGGGUCAGCGGCAGAUGUCAAGGCUGAAGAAGAUGUAAAAGAAGACUUUCCGAGCGGUAAACCAGAUGGGAAGGAUCCCUUUGGUGAUUGCGGAAGCAGCAUCUGCGGAACGGACAGCGAGUAUCUCAAAGAAUCCAAGAAGAGGAAGUUCGAGACGAACAGGCCUAGCAGAGAAAGCGUAGGGCUAUCGAGAUCUCCCACUGACAUUGAGAAGAUCUCUUCUAACCUAGAAGAGGUGGUGAUCGAUCAAGAAGGCCCAGAGAGCCUUCCGCUUACGGAGAAGUCUAAACCGCCAACACAAGAAGGAAACGGCAGAGACGGCCAAGAUUUGAAAGAGGCUGACUUGAUCGCUGCUGUGGUUAAAAGGCGGAAAGUUGACGAGAUGGCGGCCGAUGAGAGCGUUGCAAAAACAGCCGCCCCGCCAGACGCUGAAGGGACCUCCUUGGAAAGCCAAAUACCAAGUUUCAAAGUCCCCAGCCCCGAGAAGACGGCUGAGGUCUGCCCAUCUGAAGUGGAAAUAAGCAACAGUGUGACCUCGGAAGCUCAAAGCGAUUGCCGGACUGCAGGUGGUCUGGAUGUUUCCGUUAACUUGGAAACUGGCACCGCUAAUUUGGGCUGUCCCUCUGGUGAUUCGGUGCCCGAUACGUCUAGCGAGCGUGUGGCGACCUCAACGAUAGGGGGUGAACGAUCACAGGCCUGUUCAGCCCUGAUCGCAGGUACACGACAGGAAGAAGGUGGUUCAGGAGAGGAAGAGGCGGGGACAAAAGGAAAGGCUGAGGACGCAGUCAGUCUCGAUGGGACGGCAAAAGCCACAGAGAGCGCCGCCCCCCUAGCAGAGCCAGGCACAGAGAGGAACCCCAGAUAA